CGUGUUGGGUGGGAAACCCAGUCAGGCGUCGUAGUCUGGGCUUCCUCAGGGAAGAGCUGCUGUGGGGCUCCGGGGUAAAGGCCCGGGGUGUUAUCUUGCUGUUGCCUUCCGGGGCAGGUGGGCGCCUGCCGCAGAGCUAUGGUGCCGGUGUGGCCCAGAGGGGACCCAUUGAGCUGAGGGCAAGGGCUGCCCUGAGCUCCGCUGCCCGGGCCAGGCCGCAGCUGCACAGCCUGCGGGGAAGGGCGGCAUACUCUGAUUAGCCUGACGCCUGUGGACGCCCGUGCUGCUCCAGGUGAUUGCGGUGUGUGGAAGGCAUCGUUUGAGAAGGAAGACGGGGCCGCGUGUCCCGGGAGCCUCAACCGAACCGCGAGCCUUGGGGAUUGGGUGACUGCUCCCACGAGGCCUGGGGAGCCGGGCUUGGGAGCAGCGGAGAGCUGUGGAGGAAGGCCGGGCGCCGCCGACCCUCCUGAGAAGACUUCAGCUCUUUAGAUGAAAUGUAAGGAAAAAUGACAAGCAUGGAAAGUGAGAAUACAAAGAAAAUACAAGAAAUGAAGACUGACCUGAACUUACUGUUGGAAUGUCUGAAGUAUCACAUGGGCAACCCUUUGUCACAAAAGGAAGUUUUGAUCACUAUCCAUUCCGUUUGUAAACAAAACAGUGAUGCAGGUGUUUAUUUCCGGGAUAUUGGUGGUUUGAUGUUUGUAGAAAGUCUUGCAAAGUCAAGUGAGCAUAGCAUGGUAAAAGAAGCAGCCUUAUAUACAUUAGGAUCUAUUGCAGAAGGAAAUGUUUACUGUCAGCAAACUUUGUGUACUUCAGAAUUAUUUCAAGAUUUAAAUUUGCUCUUAUCUAAUGAUGAUUCAAACACAAAUUUGAAAAGAAUGUCCGUCUAUGUUCUUUUGGUUCUGGUUUCAAAUAAUAGGAAUGGACAAACGCUUGUAAGAGAAACAGGUUGUAUUGAAGUUCUGUCACAGUUGUUCAGGACAGUUCUUUCAAAUUAUGAGUUGAAUUUGUCAGAUAAUAAUGUUUUCCAGAGUUAUCUGUUGUGGUCUUCAGUAUGCAGUACUCUGUGUGUCUGUGUCAAUAAUCCUCAAAAUGACGAGAAUCAAAUGCUUUGUUGUUCACUUUUUCCACAUGUGAAUGAAUGGCUAGUGAACUGUAUGAAACCUGAGAUAAUUCGCCCUAUAUGCUCAUUUAUUGGACUUACUCUUGCAAAUAAUACACAUGUCCAGAACUGCUUUGUAUCUUCGGGUGGACUGGAUGUUUUGUCUCAAGUUCUCGUGCAGCUGGAGUUGGAUUCACACAAUACUUUUUCCAGUGCAAAACUUGCAGUGAUGGUGACAAAGACCUUAGAUGCAUGCAUUACUAAUAAUUCUUCUUUUUCAGUGGUAUUAUCCAAAUACCACAUUGUUUCAAAACUUCUGUCAUUACUGCUUCAUCAAAGUCUUGAUUUGGGAGAAAAAUUCAGCAUCAUACUUGCCAUUGGUCACUGCACAGAGGAUUGUGAGAAAAAUCAGUAUGAAUUUUUAAAAAGCAAUGGGCUUCCACUAAUGAUACAAGCCUUAACUGAAUUUAAGAAUGAAGAACUAAGCAGAGCUGCCACUUACGUACUUCACAACUGCAAAAAAAUUACUGAGAAAUUAUCUCUAAGUCUACAAGACAUUUCUCUUGAUGAAAAUGAAGCCAACCAACAAAAGGACAUACAUGAAAAAGAGAAUCUUGAAGAGCACUGGAAGACAGCAAAAGAAAUUAUAUGCAGAAUAAAACAAUUUGAAAGAGAAGGAAAAGAGGAGAAAUUACAAAGUGACCAAUACAAGGAUAAUGCCUCAUCUAUGAAAAUAAAAAUACAGAACAAUUUGAAACGUCUCAGUGCAGAUAGUAUUAGAGGUACCAAAGUAGAAAAUAAGGAUACAAACCAGUCUAGACAGCUUCACAGUUCUAAGUCCGAUGACAUCACAUCUAAAACUUGUGCAAAUGAAAACCAAAUGAAGACUCUGAAAAAGAACACAAAUCCCCUUAAUCCUUGCUAUAGGGAGAGAAUGCAAAAUAAGAAUUUACAUAAAGCCACUUCAAGCUGCACCCAAAACUUAAAUGAAAAGAUGACUUUUAAUCAAAAGGAUUCUGUUUCUCAAUCAAGGUAUAAAAUUUUGCUGACCCCCCGUAGAAGAAGACAACUUAGUAAAGUGUCUACUGCCACUGAAGGACUAAAAGCUAUUCAUCAAAAACCAGAUAGUCAAAAACUUCCGGGUUUGGGGGAACAUGCCCAUAAUACCAGCAUUCCAGAGGCUAAGGCGAGAAGAUUCCGAGUUCCAGGCGAGCAUGGACUACAUAGAAAACGAAGAAUUCGUAAAAACUUUACCAAAGAAGAAGUAAAUUAUCUUUUCCAUGGAGUUAAAAAAAUGGGAAAUCAUUGGAAUUCAAUUUUGUGGUCUUUCCCCUUUCAACAAGGACGAAAGGCUGUAGACCUUGCUCACAAAUACUACAAGCUGAUCAGAGGCCCCAACUGUGCAGCCAUAUGACUAGAAGAGACUCAAGUUUUUUGUUUGUACUCUUAAAAUAGAAUUUCUUAGAAGAUAUCAAAUGUUAACUAUUCUUCUAACUCUUAAGAGACAAGAUAUGAGAGUUAAAAUGACUUUUGCGAUAUAAACUCUUCAAAAUGUUACAAUAAUUUAUAAAGCAAAUGCGUUUUCAGAAAUGUGAAAAUUAGAUAGAAUUUUUCCAUGAGGCCAAAUAUGUUGUGCCUUUAAUUUUCCUUAUAGUCAAAGAACAUAGAUCAGAAGAAAAAAUUAGCAGCCUUUAAACAUUACUUAACGUUAUAUUGCCAUAAAUACUAUAUGAAACAUUUGCUUUUCAAUAUUUUUGCCUAGUGCCAGUGUUCACUCUAGAACUCAGUUUCUCAAGCUGUUCAACUAAGGCUCUCACCCAACAAAUAAAUGUUUGCCAUUUGUUAAAUGA